AUGGCGGAAUACUCAGGAGGUAGUCUCAAGGCUGACCACCUCUGUGUGCUAGUCCAUGGCCUAUGGGGUAAUCCCGAGCACAUGGCCUCAGUGGCCAAAGCCCUCCGGGCGCAGUACCCGCCCGAGCAUGUGUACAUCCUCGUGGCAAAACGAAACAGUGGCUCCUUCACCUACGACGGCAUCGAACUCGGCGGCGAGCGUGUGUGCGUAGAGAUCGAGGAGGAACUCGAAGCGAUCAAGAACCGCGGCGGCCACAUCGCCAAGCUCAGCAUCGUGGGCUACUCCCUUGGUGGGCUCGUGGCACGCUACGCCAUCGGCCUGCUCUCCGCGCGCGGCGUACUCGACCAGCUCGAAUGCCUCAACUUCACAGCCUUCGCGAGCCCCUUCCUCGGCGUACGCACCCCACUGCGCGGCUUGCCAAACCAGCUGUGGAACGUCAUGGGCGCCCGCACACUGUGUAUGUCAGGCCGCCAGCUCUUCGGCAUCGACCGCUUCCGCGACACCGGCAAACCACUGCUCGCCGUCCUCGCCGACCCCAACUCCAUCUUCAUGUCCGGGCUCGCCCGCUUCCGCCGCCGCACCCUCUACACCAACAUCACCAACGACCGCAGCGCCGUCCACUACACCACCGCCAUCUCCAAAACCGACCCCUACACCGACCUCGCCAACGUCACCGUCCGCUAUCUCCCCGGGUACGACGACGUCAUCCUCGAUCCCACCAACCCAGUCUCUCCGGGCGCACCACCACCACCAUCACCGAGCAAAUCCAGCAGCAGCAACCCCCAAACAACCACAAAAGCCCGACAAGCCCUCCUCACAGCCGACGCUGAGCGACUCGCGAAACGCGCAGCUUUCUUCGUCGGCCUCGCGCUCUUCCUCCCGCUUGGCGUCGUCGCCUUCCUCGUCAACAGCGCGAUCCAAACCGUCCGCUCCUCCCGACGUGUGGCCCGCCACGAGCGCGGGUUGGAAGGUAUCCAGGCCGACGCGCUGCGAGAGCUGCGCGUGAACUUGUGGAUCCGCGAGGUGCGCGGGGCCGUGGAGGAGAGGUAUGAGGAGCUGAGCGGGGCGCAGCCACAGGCGUAUCUCGGGACUGCUGAGAAUGAUAGCGGUAGUGAGGGGAGUGAGAGCGACGAGAACGACGAUGGAGUGGACAGUGCUAGCGGGCGUGGGAUCCUCGCGCUGGAGCGGAAACGGUCACGCACGUUAGAAGGGCAGGGCGGGUUCCCCACGCUGGCGUUGGCGCCGUAUCAGUUUGCCGCUGUUGAUGCGCUGGAUCAGCUUGGUUGGCGCAAGUACCCAGUAUGGAUUCACAAGGUCCGGCACAGUCAUGCUGCUAUCAUUGUCCGGACGGAGAAGGAGAGCUUUUCGGAGGGAAAGGUGGUGCUCCGGCAUUGGGUGACGGAUGAGUUUCUGGCUUGA